UGGGGUUGUAGAAUGAAUCAAGGGCAUUGAGGAGAUGUGUUUAAUAUACUUUCUACUCUUUGAAGUUUUACUGAGCUUGGGUUCAGCGCAGCUGAGGGUUCGAGUGUCAUGAUAAGGUUUUUGGAACCGUGACGGCGUGGCUGAUGCUGAAGGACGCAUGCAGUGGGCAAGGUUAAGCUGGGUUUUAUUUUGACUUUUGACUUGUCCUGAUCCAACCCCAUACAAGUGCUCAGAUAUAAAAGUGUAUGUGUGCUGUACCGAUACUUUAGUCUGUUCUGUACUCAUCUAUAUCUAUGGCAGCUGAACUGCUCAAGCUCUUUGAAAUGAAGCGUUUGCGUCUCGGGGAGACUACGGUGGAUUUUCAGAUUCAUGGGACCUGUAACAGCACAAAUGGUGCUGAUGAAAGCCUGCAGGGAGUCACAGCUACAUUACUACUGCUGUUUCUCUGUCUGCUGCUGGCCAUCGGACAACGUCGGUCAGAGAAAUCCAAUGUGCCAGGUCCUUGUUUUCUUCUGGGUCUGGGACCUCUGUUGUCUUAUUGUCGGUUCAUCUGGUGCGGGAUCGGGACAGCCAGCAACUACUACAACUCCAGAUACGGAGACAUGGUGAGAGUCUGGAUCAACGGUGAAGAGACUCUCAUCCUGAGCAGGUCUUCUGCUGUGUAUCAUGUGUUGAAGAGAUCUCAGUACAUCUCAAGGUUUGGGAGUAAAUUGGGUCUGCAGUGUAUCGGGAUGCAUGAACAGGGCAUUAUAUUCAACUCAAACGUCGCUCUCUGGAAAAAAAUACGCAUCUUCUACGCUAAAGCUUUAACAGGUCCAGGUCUUCAGAGGACUUUGGAGAUCUGCACUUCUUCCACAAGCACACAUCUAGAUGAUUUAUCUCAGUUCACCGAUAACCAGGGACAGGUGGACAUCCUCAAUUUACUGCGCUGUAUCGUAGUGGACAUCUCCAACAGACUGUUUCUAAGAGUUCCUCUGAAUGAGCGAGAUUUGCUUCUGAAAAUUCACAAGUAUUUCGACACAUGGCAGACGGUUCUUAUCAAACCUGACGUGUACUUCAGACUGGACUGGCUGCACAGGAAACACAUACAAGAAGCUCAGGAGUUGCAGGACGCCAUUGCAGCUCUGAUAGAGAAGAAAAGAUCUCAGCUAUUACAGGCAGAGAAAAUCGAUCACCUUGACUUCGCUGCAGAACUGAUAUUCGCUCAGAGUCACGGUGAGCUGAGCGCUGAGAAUGUCAGACAGUGUGUGUUGGAGAUGGUGAUCGCCGGUCCAGAUACUCUCUCUGUCAGUUUGUUCUUCAUGUUGUUGAUCCUCAAAGAAAAUCCAGACGUGGAGCUGAAGAUCGUGCGGGAAAUACACACAGUUUUAGCUGACAGGAGUCUUCAGCAUGCAGAUCUGUCAAGGCUUCACGUUCUGGAGAGUUUUAUCAAUGAGUGUCUGAGGUUUCACCCAGUAGUGGACUUCACUAUGCGUCGAGCGGUGGAUGAUGAUGUCAUCGAGGGCUACAGAGUAAAGAAAGGAACAAACAUCAUACUAAAUGUGGGACGGAUGCACAAAACUGAAUUUUUCCCUAAACCAAACCAGUUCAGUCUGGACAACUUUCAGAAAAAUGUGCCGAAUCGUUUCUUUCAACCAUUCGGAUCAGGCCCGCGUUCGUGUGUGGGAAAGCACAUUGCCAUGGUUAUGAUGAAGUCCAUCCUGGUGACGUUGUUGUCUCAGUUUUCUGUGUGUCCUAUGAAGGGCUGCACUGUUGAUAGCAUCCCUCAAACCAACAAUCUCUCUCAACAGCCGGUGGAGGAGCAAACUUCAUCUCUCAAUGUUCAUUUCAUCCGGAGAAACAUCUCGAAUCAUUCACACAACUCAUGAAUACUACACGUGCAGGGGUCUGGAUCAUACUGUAUAUUUAUUCACUACUUCUUAUAUUUGUAUGCUUACAUUUGUUUGUAUUAAAGUGUUUAUCUGUCAGAGAUUUUCUGCAUUACUAUUUCAAACUGUUAGUACAAACAAACUAUUCCAAUUGUACCAUUUAAUAAUACUUUUAUGUCAGUCUGGUCCAGCCCAAUCCAGCCUUACAAUUAUCGCUCACUACAGUAAUAGUGUUUAACCCCUUCAGACCUGAUUUUUCAGGUGUGCCUUAUUUUGAUUGGUUGAUGAGCAUUUUUAUUGGUUUGAACUAUAAAACAUGUUAUGUCCAUUCCAGUGGACGCAGAGUCUGAAGGGGUUAAAUUGCUUGUUUUUGUCUGUUUUGUGUGCUUUAUUGAAAUAAAAAUGAAUAUGUCAGGGCAAUCAGGGACACAUUUCUCAUCAUUUAUUGCUUUUUUUACGUAAAUUUCAAUGUAUUUGUGUAAUUUUGUAAUAAAAACUACUA